GACAUUUGUGCUGAGCCGAAAGGAGAGCGCUUGCGAACCGACAGCGGCUUUGCAGCACUCAAUUGUCAUUCUAGGUGAGACUGGAUUGAGGGAAAAGCGUGUUGCACUGUUGAUUUUUCCCCGUUAAAUUAUCUUAUUUAUUUAUUUUGCAUUGAAAGGAUUAAGCUUUCAGAAUGACCGCGUUGUCGGUGUUUUUAUUGGCCGUAUCGGUCGCCUCUGUUCUGGCAGAGUCUAAUGUAUAUUUUCGGGAGCAAUUUGAGGAUGGAGAUGCCUGGACCAGCCGCUGGGUGGAAUCCAAACACAAGUCGGAUUAUGGCAAGUUUGUCCUGUCUGCAGGGAAGUUCCAUGGUGAUGCAGAGAAAGACAUGGGACUUCAAACCAGUCAGGAUGCCCGCUUCUACUCCAUGUCAUCCCGCUUCGACGACUUCAGCAACCAAGGCCAACCCCUUGUCAUCCAGUUCACCGUCAAACACGAGCAGAGCAUCGACUGUGGAGGGGGUUACAUCAAGCUGUUCCCAUCCGGCCUCAGUCAGGAGGAACUGCACGGAGACUCCGUCUACAACAUCAUGUUUGGUCCUGACAUCUGUGGCCCUGGCACCAAAAAAGUCCACGUGAUCUUCAACUACAAAGGCAAGAACCAUCUGAUCAACAAGGACAUUCGCUGCAAGGAUGACGAGUUCACUCACCUGUACACCUUGAUCGUCAACCCCGACAACACGUAUGAGGUGAAGAUAGACAACAAGAAGGUGGAGUCUGGCAGCUUGGAGGACGACUGGGACGUCCUUCCCCCCAAGAAAGUCAAGGACCCCGAGGCCAUGAAGCCAGAGGACUGGGAUGAGAAGGAGACCGUUCCCGACCCUGAAGAUAAGAAACCCGAGGAAUGGGACAAGCCUGAAAACAUCCCAGACCCUGACGCCAAGAAGCCUGAGGAUUGGGACGAUGAGAUGGACGGAGAGUGGGAGCCUCCCAUGGUGACCAACCCGGACUACAAGGGAGAGUGGAAGCCCAGGGAGAUCGACAACCCGGCUUACAAGGGCAAGUGGGUCCACCCCGAGAUCGACAACCCGGAGUACACCGCUGAUCCCGAGAUCUACAAAUACGACAGCGUCGGUGUGAUGGGGCUCGACCUCUGGCAGGUCAAGUCUGGUACCAUCUUUGACAAUUUCCUGAUCACCAACGACCCAAAUCUGGCAGAGGAAAUCGGCAAUGACACAUGGGGUCAAACCAAGGACCCAGAGAAGAAGAUGAAGGACAGCCAGGAAGAUGAGGAAAGAAAGAAGCGUGAGGAGGACGACCAGGGGAGGAAAGAGGAACCAAAGGAAGAGGGCGAAGAGGAAGUAAAGCAGGAAGAGGAUGAGGAGGACGAGGAGGACGAAGAAGAAGAGGAGGAGGAUCUCGAGGAGGAGGAGGAAGAAGAAGAAGAAGGCACAGAUUCCCAACUCAAGGAUGAGUUAUAAACCAUUUUGCCAGAACUUUCUUGAAGGAAACAGGGCUAUCUAGGCCAGGGGCCGUGCUGGAUACACUUGGUUGGACCCUCAUGACCACUUAACCAGGGAUGGAGAUUUGGCGGGGUGGGACUACUUUUAUUUUGUUUACAGGGUGAACGCCGUAGAAUUUGGGGUCUGAGGCGGGUAGCUAAUUUUAUGUUUCUAUGACGUGAUUGAGAAGAUGGUCAUAAUAAUGCUUAGAAGGAGAUCAUCAACUUGAACACUUCAAAGACAAAAGUCCACACAGCUGUUUUUGCCAGUAAACUAAAUGUAAUCUGUAAUUCAUGUUCUGCACUUGGUUGAAUUUAUAUCAAAUAUAUUUUGUCGUUAUUCAUUUGUUGCAGGAAAUCGUAUGUUUGCGUUGUGCGUUUGUGUUGUGACCUACGGCGAGAAAAAGUUUUGUGUUUCCAAUGUGUUUGUUUUUACUGUCUUUAUUUAUUGUUUUGUUGUCACGUCGAGCCUAUCGUGUCUCCAGGGGACUUCUACUCAGACGCCAUCCACACUAUCGCAUCAUACUUCCAUUCUGACACUUUACGCACCGUCAACUUCAGGGCACUGUCAUGAAUAUAUUUGGACAAGUCCUCAUAUGCGUGUGUUUGUUCAAAGCAUAACACUCAUAGGAUGGAGUAAUGGCAGUCUUUAAGGUGGAAUAUUAUAUAUCAUACAUAUAUUAAUAUGUAUGUUUUUUUUACUGUAUAGUAACGAGUAGCAUUCUUUUGUUUUUUAUGCAGACCGUUCCUCAGUCCUUAGUAAAAUAGACAUUUACUGUAGAUUCAGCAUAUUUUUAACACUGCAUUGACAUUACAAAAUUGCUUCUUUCCAUUGGUGUUUAAGUGAGGAUACUUAUGGUCUCGCCUAGUGAUCGCUCUAUCAUUUCUGCACUGUUGUACCCUUACAAGCUGUCACAUGUUAAGAGCUAGUCCUUUUGUAGAUACUUUUUUUUUUUUACUAAUUCUGACAAGGGGAGUGGAAGAAUGUUAUUUUCUUGUGUAACAUAGGAGUUCUGUUCUGACCAAUUAAUAAAAUGAGAGGAAACAA